AUGGCAGGAGCUAUCUCAUUACCAUCAGACGAAGGGGAUGGAAAUGGAAUCAAACAGCGCUGGAACCAAGCUCGCGAAUGGUUUGAUAGAAAGUGGAAUGGAGAGCGUGAUGAAAACACUCCCUUAUUGAACCGCGAGAGAGGCACUGUUGAACCUCCAAGAAAGACCACAUUCCGCAUUGUAACUACUAUUGUAGCUCUUGUGCUGGCUCUCAUUCUCUUGGGAGUUACUGUUGGACUGUGGUUUAAUAAGCAUCAUGCAAAGAAACCUUCAGCUACCCCAACUCCUGGAUUAACAAAUGCCGAAAAGAUUUUCCUUGAUUUACCUUCAAACAAAAGCGUCCGCGAUUAUUUAAAGACAUACACCUCUGAAGCCCAUUUGGCUGGCACUCCCAACGACAAGAAACAAGCUGAAUGGACUCGCGACCAAUUUGAAAGUUUUGGAUUGGAAACCAAGAUUGACACCUACUGGCCACUGUUAAACUAUCCCGUCUCUCACCGUUUGGCUAUUGUCUCUGGCCCCAAGCACUUGCAAUUCGAAGCCAAGCUGACCGAAGACCCAGUGGACGAAGACGAAACUAGCAAGAAUCCCAAUGUGGUUCCCACCUUCCACGGCUAUUCCAAAAACGGCACUGUUCAAGGUCGCAUUGUCUAUGCAAAUUACGGUCGCUUGCAAGACUUCCAGUUCUUGAAGGAUCAAGGUAUUGAGCUAAACGGUACUAUUGCUUUGAUGCGCUAUGGUGGCAACUUCCGUGGCCUCAAAGUCAGAGUUGCUGAGAUCUUUGGUUGUGCAGGUGCGCUGAUCUACUCUGAUCCCAUUGAUGAUGGACCAUUGAACAAGGACAACUCUUCAAAUCCAGCCGAGUCUUAUCCUGAUGGCCCUUGGAGAUCCAAGAGCUCUGCUCAGAGAGGUUCUGUUCAAUACCUAUCACUUCUUGCUGGUGACCCCUUAACUCCUGGCUAUCCUGCCACUGAAAAUGCUACUCGUAUCAAACCAGAAGAUUCUCCUGGUUUGGCCAAGAUCCCCUCAUUGCCUUUAUCUUGGGAAGAUGCUUUGCCAAUUCUUAAGGCUACUCAAGGAUUGGGUGUUCGCGGUAAAGAAGAUUGGGCUGGCGGCCUUGAUGAAGUUCAUUAUUUCAGUGGUCCUACUGAAGGUGAGGCUAUUCUGGUCAACCAUAUUGAAAACAAGAUUACGCCCAUUUGGAAUGUCAUUGCUCGCAUUGAAGGCGCUCAGGAGCCUGAAAAGGCUAUCAUUUUGGGUAAUCAUCGCGACGCUUGGGUGUAUGGUGGCGUUGAUCCUUCCUCUGGAUCUGCUUCGCUCAUGGAACUUGCCCGCGUAUUUGGUGAACUCUUGAAGACUGGCUGGCGCCCUAGACGUACAAUUGUUCUAGCAUCAUGGGAUGCUGAAGAAUACGGUCUUGUUGGUUCCACCGAAUGGGUGGAAGAUAACAGAGAGUGGCUUGAUAAAGAAGCCGCUGUAUACAUCAAUGUUGAUACCGCUGUCUCUGGUUCUCACUUUGACGCCCAAGCAUCUCCUUCUCUCAAUCGUAUUCUUUACAGUGUUGUUUCUGAUAUUCAUGAUCCUCGUACGGGUGGAUCUGUCCUUGAUGCUUGGAGAGCAGACCAAAAGCGCACUGAAGAUGAAAACCCUGAAAUUGGUCAAUUAGGAUCUGGAUCCGACUUUGUUGGCUUCUUGGAUCACGUUGGCGUUGCUAGUAUCAACUUGGGCUUUAGUGGUGAUUAUGGCGUGUAUCACAGCAAUUAUGAUAGUUUCCACUGGAUGGAAAAGUUUGGUGAUCCAGAGUUCUUAUACCAUCAGGCCCUUGUGAAGCUCUGGGGUUUGCUCACCUUGCGCCUUGCCGAUUCACCUGUGUUGCCUUUGUAUCCCACUGAUUACAGUGCUGAACUGGCCAAAUACGUGGAUAGACUCACUGAAUUUGCUGCUCCUCACACCUUCCCUGAACUGGAAAGUGCUGUUGAUAAGCUGCAAAAGACCACACGCCGUUUCCAACACAAGAGACAACGCCUCGAAGAACGCCUUGCUGAGUACAAGUCUCUCGAUGCUAUUCCUUUAGUCUUGGCUAAGCGUUUAGCAAGAACCAACAACCGCCUCACAUUCUUUGAACGUGGUUUCAUUGAUCCUGAGGGUAUCCAAGGCCGCAACUGGUUCAAGCAUGUGGUUUACGCUCCUGGCCUUUGGACUGGCUACUCUUCUCAAGUCUUCCCUGCUAUUGUAGAUGGCAUUGAAGCUGAGGAUUACGCGCAAGCUCGUCAUGCUGAAGAGAGAGCUGCCCGGGCUAUCCGUCAAGCCUCCAGAAGAUUGAAGGAUGAUUAUUAA